CAAAGCACAGGGCGGCAAUGGAUUCCAAUCUCUCUAUCAACAAUGUGCUGUUCUACCGAAGCACUGGGAGGGAUGUGACGCCGUUGUUGCAGACGCUCAGCUGUGGCGAGGUUGGUGAUAAGAGGAGCUCGGAAGAGUGUAAGAAGUUGAUAGUGAGUGCGAUGUCUCCUCAGGUCUGUGUGUAUGCUUCUGAACAGGCUGAUCAAGUGGCGACGAAGCUUCAGUUCCACUCUUUGCUUCAGCUGCUGAAGCCGUUUGGUGAUAGGAUUGAGCACAAAUUCCAGAUCAAGGACUCGCACUUCAUCUCGAAGACCAUAGAUGAGUUCUCUCUGAGGUUUGUUCCACCUCUGGAGCACAUGCUCAGUGUUCAACAGGCGGAAAGCGGUACGAAGGCCCAGCUGUUCAACUACCAGUCGCUGGAGCUACUGAUGACGGAGUACAUCCAGCUCGUCGACCUGGAAUUGCAGAAGUGUGGGGCGGAGGAUAAGCUGAUGAAGCGGCUAUUGAAGAAGUCGAUAUACGUGAAGUUCUUGACAAAGCUGCUGGCGAGCUCGUCGAUCACGUCGUUCGAGUCGAUCAACCAGCCUGUGGCCUCCUUCUUCUUCAUAACUGGGGAGGAGAGCUAUGAACAGGCCAGACAAAUGCUGAUACAGUACAAGAGUGCAAAGUUGCCAGAGUAUCUCAGCAUUGACGAUAUCAUCCCUGUUUUCAUCAUCAUAACUGACCAAGCGAAUGCUGACCAGCAGGAGAAAUCUGCUCAGCACCGUGAACAUAUUAAGAAACAGUUAUUUGUGGAGGCCUUUGUGCUCUCGUUGGAUCUCAAUAGCAACGAUGACAGCGUUCCAUCGGUGGUGCUCAACCCUCCAAUCUUGUGCACUGUCGAUGAGGAACUACAAAAUACGCAUUUAUCAUCUACACCGAACCCUUCAUUGCCAACUACUAAUCUAACAGCAAUAUAUCAACUCCUGAAGGAUGUAAUACAGAAGAAGCUUAUACCCUUUAUGGAGAAGAAGAUCACCACAUGGGAUGAGCAGGUUAUUGUUCCUAGAAAGAGCAUAACCGGUCGACUAUUUAAUGUUUCCAAGAAGUACUUUGGAUCGAAAAGGGAGACUAAUAAUGAGCUCUCCGAGAACUAUAACAGUGAAUUGGGAAUUUAUAGGUAUAACUCAACUCAAACGUUGACUAAGAAGUUGGCAGAUUGGUCAUUUAUGUUGAGAGAUUAUAGAUAUUCAUAUACCACGUAUGAACUGGCUAAGAAGGAUUUCCUUAACGAUAAGGCAUGGACUCAUCUUGCAUCUGCUUCUGAAAUGGCUGCCAUCUCCCUUUUGAUGGGAGCUGCAAACAUUACAUCCAAACUGAAGAAUGAUACAAUUGAUCCCUUGAUGGAUAACUCCAAUUAUACUUAUUUGGCAAGAUGUGGACUGAAGACGUAUGCAUUGAGAUCGAUAUUGGUUGUGUCAGAGCUGUUUUGCAAUUUGAGAGACACAUGGUCGAAUGCACCGACUGCAAUCAAAUGGGUACAGAAGGCAUUGAACGAUAAACUCGUAACGAAGACUGGCAAAGUUGUUCUUCUGGAAAGAAUCGGUUAUUACUACUCGAUCUGUAUAUCUGCUCAGGCUAAGGCAAUAAUGACAAGGAAACUUAUCACUGAAAAGUCACAAGAUGAAAUGAACGAUGAUGAAGAUGUUGAUUUUGUGAACCCUUUGAAACUCAACAUCAGAAACAUCGCCACGAUGGGUAAUACAAGACAAAGGAAGAGUGCACUGUUCAAGCUUAUCGCUGCUCGCAAUUGGGAUCCAGUCUCUGAGCCGUUACAAGUGCUCAUGUGCUUACAAGAUACAAAGACAGUCUAUCAAGGAACAGUCAUUGGUGAACGAGAAGGCGGUCUCUUAAAAAGACUCCAGGUGGCAUCAGAGGAUAAACUAUCCAUGUGA